UGUGGAUCCUCCAUUUCUUUGACCCCAAGGAACUUCGGCUGGACAAGCAGCGUGAACCUGUCACUUUUUAAACAUGCCAGGAAUAUUACAUCAUUGACAUACAUGCUCUCUAUUGUUUAAGCCUGGAGAUCCACUUAGAUCAUUAAAAUGAUGAACUUACGAGCUUCCAAGGCCUGUGACCACUGCCGUGUAUCCAAAAAGCGAUGUCGCCCACCAUUGCCGUGUCAGAACUGUGUAGCCGCUGGGGUGCGAUGUAUAGUUCGGGAGAAGGCAAGACCGUCACGGAGACGUAAGCCGCGGGCUACGGACGAGGUGUGGCCCGACAGCUACACAGAGACCCGAGCUACUUUCGUUGGUGAAAAGGAAUUGGUCUUUAAUUAUAUCUACUCAACAUAUGAUGUCGUCCUGAAAUGCACCCUUGCAGAGCCAACUGUUGCCCUAGACGAUGGCCAACGUAGCGUGUGCUUCAAUUCUCCAGAGUCUGUUUAUAUUGACGCUUCGACCAUACGCCAACUCCUUUCGGUAUCGGCAGCGGACUUCAUCGCACGACUGUCUCCCGUAAAAGUAUCUCACAUAGAAACACUCGCAAACGAUAUACUAUCGCAAGUCCCCUGCCAUAAGAGUUACAUAUCUGUCCAGGACCUUGUCGCACUGGAUAUAGCCCUCGAUCGGCUUGGUCUUCUUCUCGCUGCAUUAGCGCUUUGUUGCCUCUAUCCUAAACCGAUUGAUAACAAUGCUUCUUCAUAUUUCUCGGGUUCUCACUAUCUUCUCAAAAAUUAUGCCGUGAGGCCUUCCCUUGACCUUUGCACAGCAUUCUAUUUGCAGCAUCUUUAUCUACUAAAAACAGGGCCUGAUAAUCGGGACACGACAGCCCUUACUAUGGCCAUUCGCACAGCUCACGACCUGAAAAUUAAUGUGACGGAGUCUGCUGAUCGUGAUACGCUACCCGCUAAAUUAUAUCUGUUUUUGUAUUUCCACGAUCAAUGCUGUGCCAUGAGCAACAACACCCCCCCGCUUAUCAAAACAAGCGAUUAUAAGGCCAACGUCUUCGACCACGUUCUGGAAGAAGAAACAGAUCUUCGCCCCAUAUUCGACAUCCUAGUAGCUAACGGCCAAGUCCUCGAAGCAUUAUACGGAAAGAUUUGCGACUACAGCAACAUAUACCACCUCGAGGAACUCCUCGGAUGCGUUUCUAAAUCAGCACGAAAACCAAUGCAACCGUUCUUAGGCCUAGAUGGAUUCAAUAUGAACUACGAAGCACCAGUCCAGAUUCACAUGUUCUGGGCCCGAAUAACCCUCCGUGUCCACCGUCUCACCCUAACGCAAGACUGGAUCCCCUCGAUGAGUAUCUGCGUCCGCUCCUCCCAAAUGAUCCUCCUCCUCUACUUCCAGACGUACAACCCCACAAUACACCCCGGGUCCCAGGACCCCCACACUAUACAACACAAACUAUCCGCAGGCCUCCCUAUCCUCUCCAUGGAGGGCCGGAUGCCCCUUACCUGGCGCCAGGUCAAACGCAUCAUGGCCUCUGCCUUCAUCCUCAUCUAUGCGUACUGGCAUGGCGAGGUUACCUUCGAAGAAGUCUGCCGCAGCACCGCGAUGGCCUUGGUAUUGCACGAGUGUCAGCGGGUCAGAUGGGGGAAGGAAUUAGAUGGGGCUAUGACUGUUUUACGGAAAAUUGCGGGGAUUUGUGGGAUGACUAUCUUGCCGAAUUUGUCGAGCUUGUUGCCCGAUGUUGAUUUGGCCGUUCUUGAGGCUAUCUCUGGGCCAUCUUUUUAGGAGAGGAUCGAGGUAAUUUGGCUGGUAUGGAAGGCCUUUAGGUGCUAGAAGAUGCCUGGUAGUAGUACGCAAUUAUGGUAGAUGAAUAUCCAGAAAUGUUUGUCAA